AUGGCACACGCGGCGGCAUGCUGCCCUAGCGCCCGGAGCUCUGGUGAUGGAGAAAUGGACAAGCCCAGGAAGGUGGCGCUCAUCACUGGCAUCACCGGCCAGGAUGGGUCGUAUUUGGCCGAGUUCCUGCUGGAGAAAGGCUAUGAGGUCCAUGGAAUUGUACGGCGAUCCAGUUCAUUUAAUACAGGUCGAAUUGAACAUCUGUAUAAGAAUCCCCAGGCUCAUAUUGAAGGAAACAUGAAAUUGCACUAUGGCGAUCUCACUGACAGUACCUGCCUAGUGAAGAUCAUUAAUGAAGUAAAGCCUACUGAGAUCUACAACCUGGGGGCACAGAGCCAUGUCAAAAUUUCCUUUGACUUAGCUGAGUAUACUGCGGAUGUUGAUGGCGUUGGCACUUUAAGACUUCUGGAUGCAAUUAAGACUUGUGGCCUUAUCAACUCUGUGAAGUUCUACCAAGCAUCAACAAGUGAACUUUUUGGGAAAGUGCAAGAAAUACCCCAGAAGGAGACCACCCCCUUCUACCCUCGGUCACCUUACGGGGCAGCAAAACUCUAUGCCUAUUGGAUUGUGGUAAACUUCCGUGAGGCAUAUAAUCUCUUUGCAGUGAAUGGCAUUCUCUUCAAUCAUGAGAGUCCCAGAAGAGGAGCUAAUUUUGUUACUCGAAAAAUUAGCCGUUCAGUAGCUAAGAUUUACCUUGGACAACUGGAAUGCUUCAGUCUGGGAAAUCUGGAUGCCAAACGAGAUUGGGGCCAUGCCAAGGACUAUGUGGAGGCAAUGUGGCUGAUGUUGCAGAAUGAUGAGCCGGAGGACUUUGUCAUAGCUACUGGGGAGGUUCAUAGUGUCCGGGAAUUUGUCGAGAAAUCAUUCUUGCACAUUGGAAAAACCAUCGUGUGGGAAGGAAAGAAUGAAAAUGAAGUGGGCAGAUGUAAAGAGACCGGCAAAAUUCACGUGACUGUGGAUCUCAAAUACUACCGACCAACUGAAGUGGACUUUCUGCAGGGAGAUUGCACCAAGGCGAAACGGAAGCUGAACUGGAAACCCCGAGUUGCUUUUGAUGAGCUGGUGAGGGAGAUGGUGAGCGCAGACGUGGAGCUCAUGAGGACCAACCCCAAUGCCUGAGCGUGUCUGCGGAGCCCGGCGCCACCCACCGACCUGGAUCCCCUUGUGGAGUUGCCGGUGUGGGGCUGCAGCCGCGGGGAUUCGGAGAGGAGCUCUUGGAUCUGGCCAGUUCCCCGUGACCUCCACCGCAGAUGCAUUGUCCCAGCCCGCCUGAGCGGGGACUGCUGAAGUUUGUAGCAGCCGGGACCUGACACUCCGGGGUUCUGGGCCCCUUUGUUUUUGUCAAAGCCUCUUCUGAAUGGUUUUGGGAAAUCAAGAUGUUUUAAUCACAUAUUCACUUUACUUGAAAUUGAAAUCAAGGUUUUAAUCACAUAUUCAUUUUACUUGAAAUAAUGUCGUUAGACAACAAAUUGUAAAGCCUUCAAAUUGUUUUUCUCUUUUCUUAUUAAA